CUCCCUAAAUCGGUGUCCCGUUCUCUAUCCAACAAUCGAUCGAGAUAAGCAAAAUGUGGAAUUUGUGAUACUAUUCAAUGUGCCAUCGCCCAGCUCGUUUCAGUACGCUCCGGUGAGAUUCUUCAAGAUGUGGCUGUUCCUGCUUGCGUUGACCGUCAGCCUCGGUUUCCUGUGGAUUUACGAGCACUUCCUUCAGCGGUAUCGUUUCUGGGCGAAGUUGGAGGUGCCCUAUCCGGUGCCAUCGUUUCCGGUGGGGAAUGUCGGGGACACGCUGAAGCCCACCAUCCACUUCGCGUACAUCAUUCUUCGGUUGUACCGUGAACUGAAGCACCACGGCGAUUACGUUGGUAUCUACUUUUUCCGCGAUCCGGUGCUGCUAGUGCUGUCCCCGGAGUUUGCUCGCACCGUGCUGGUGAAGGAUUUUAACUGCUUCGUGGACCGGGGAGUGUACAGCAACGAGCGCGAUGACCCGCUGUCCGCCAAUCUGUUCUUCAUGGAGGGUACCCGAUGGCGACAGCUGCGUGCGAAACUUACGCCGACGUUUACCUCCGGGAAGCUGAAAGCGAUGUUCCACACGAUUGUCGACGUUGGAACGCGGCUUGAUCAGUAUCUGGCCGAUCGGUGCACCGGCACGGUCCGAUUGGAUAUGAAAGAACUGCUGGCUCGCUUCAUGACGGACGUUAUCGGGUCGUGCGCUUUCGGGAUCGAGUGCAACAGCCUGGAAAACCCAAACUCCCAGUUUCGGGUAAUGGGCAAACGGAUGAUAAAUCUACCGAAGCUGAAGGCACUGAAAGUGUUCUUUGCCAUGAUGUUCCGCAGGCCUGCCAGAGCACUUGGUGUGCGGUUCAACGAUAAAGAUGUGUCGGAUUUUUUCUUCACCGUCGUACGGGAUACGAUUCGCUAUCGGGAGGUAAACGGCAUUCGACGAAACGAUUUCAUGCAGCUGCUGAUCGAUAUGAUGAAAAAGGAGUCGAACGAGGCUGAUGAGGGACUCACGUUUGAGGAGAUAGCGGCCCAGGCGUUUGUGUUUUUCUUUGCCGGGUUCGAAACGUCCGCCACGACGAUGGCCUGCGCCCUGCACUUGUUGGCCAAACAUCCGGAGACACAAGCGAAGGGUCGUCAGUGCGUUCGUGAUGUGCUCUCCAAGCACAACGGCCAACUCUCAUAUGACGCCAUAAUGCAGAUGGAGUACGUCGAAUGGAUUAUCAACGAAACGCUCCGUCUCUAUCCCCCGGUUGCAACGUUGCAUCGCAUCACGACCCAGCCGUACCGUCUACCGAAUGGGAAGCUGCUACCGCAGGGCGUUGGAGUGAUCGUCCCGAAUCUGGCCUUCCAGCAUGAUCCAGAUCAUUUCCCGGAACCGUUCGCUUUCCGCCCUGAACGAUUCGAAUCGAAACCAAGCUUCAGCUAUCUUCCGUUCGGGGAAGGACCGCGGAUUUGUAUCGGAAUGCGUUUCGGACUGCUGCAAACGCGACUCGGAUUGGCGAUGCUGUUGCAGCACUAUCGCUUUGGUGUUCCGACCGGAGAAGCGAAUCAGCGAUUGAAAAUUGAUCCGAUCAAUUUGAUUCACGGACCGGCCGGUGAAGUGUGGUUAGAAGUUGAACGCAUUUCUUAAUCGUAGCAGGUAUCCUCAAAGGACAAUUGCUUCAGUAACCAAGUUACAUUUUACAGCAGCAUAAUA